GCCAGUGUAUGAAGUGGAAGUGGAACCGAAAAGCAGCAGCUUAGUACGAAGAAUUGCAAAUUACUUGAAUUUGCACAAAAACGCGAUAAAUUCUUAAUUUAACUAAUCGGAAAUACAACGCAUGCGUAUUAACAAAUAGAAAUAACUUAAUUUUAUAAAAUUUGAAACAAUAAACGACGCGAAAAAACGAACGAAACCAAAGUGCUGCUCAUGAAAUAGUGAAAAUGUAAUUUCUCUGCUGCACGACGACGACGACGAAGCAAAAAAUAAAAAAAAAAGCAAGGGAAAGAUAAAAAUAAGAAUCUGUGGUCAGCGCUGGAGCGACUAUCUUAAUCCUUGGUAGUAGUAACUGGAGAUACGGAAACAGAUUUAGCGAUAUAUUCACAGGAGCGCACAAUUUUUUUUGCAAACGAAUAAUAAAUUUUGUAUAUAUACUGCAUACAUAUGUAUAAAGGAAAGGGAAACAGCAGUAAAACAAGACGACAUAGUAGAUGAAGAAGAACAAGCACAAAGUGGAGUUGUGAAAAAAUAAGGUUUUGUUUCCGCUGGCCAGACGGAAUCUAAAAUUUUUAGAAAAACAUAGUAAAAGUGUGGCUUAGGAACCGCUGCGGACCUAAGUGAUUCGAACAGCACCAAUAAAUGGGGAGAAGACUGAUUGCGUAGACACCAGUUUAACGACGUUUACGCUGCGUAUCUAAACCGCACUAUAACCGAAUGGCUGCUCAAAGGUGGAAGCACAGUACGCUUACUACACAAAUAUUAUCGACUGCCGCUGGAGGAUAUUAGGCAACCUCUUCCGUCUUGGCAGCAUUUUUUUUUUUGCGUUAGUUUUUCGUUAUUUUUUCGAUUAGCACCUGUUAACCACUUAUGUAUAUGCCCGCACGUUGUUUAACCAAUAAUAUAGCGCACUCGCCACCGCAAACCAAUCCAAUGCUCGCCAUCAACGAGGAGCAACAGCACACGGAAACGUCGCAUGCAACACAACGCAACCAUGCGGAUGGCAAUGGUGAAGCGCAAACCACUAAUGGAAAUGCCAGCGGCAUCAACCAACAGCAACACAAACAAACUGCUGGCAGCAAUAACAACAGCAGCAGUACACACGAUACAGCGCAGUUGCCACCAUUGCCCGAUGGCCCGCUCUGGACGGUGCUAUACGACUAUGACGCCAAAGGCGAGGAUGAGCUGACGUUGCGACGGGGGCAGAUUGUGGUAGUGCUCUCAAUGGAUAGCAAUAUUUCGGGCGAUGAGGGCUGGUGGACGGGCAAAAUUGGUGAUAAGGUUGGCAUUUUUCCGAGUAACUUUGUGACAGACCAAGAUCCCAUGAUGCCAGACGUGCCCUCUGCCAUUGGCGAUAUACAACCGCAUGAAAUCGACUAUGCCGAACUGGAAGUGAGCGAAGUUAUCGGUGCUGGUGGCUUUUCCAAAGUGCAUCGUGGUUACUACAAUGGCGAAGAGGUUGCGAUAAAAGUGGCACCGCAGGCUGGGCCCGACGUCGAAUCCAACCGCGAUAAUGUGCUACAAGAAGCCAAACUAUUCUGGGUGGUCAAGCAUGAGAACAUCGUGGCGCUGCGAGGUGUCUGCCUAAAGCCUCCCGAUCUCUGUCUUGUUAUGGAGUAUGCACGUGGCGGUAGUUUGAAUCACAUUUUGGCACGUGGCAAAAUACCGCCAGACGUGCUGGUCAACUGGGCGAUACAAAUUGCACGCGGCAUGAACUAUCUGCACAACGAGGCGCCCAUUUCGAUUAUACACCGCGAUUUGAAGAGCUCAAAUGUGCUAAUUUUGGAAGAAAUCAUCGGAGGCAAUUUGCACAACAAAACGUUAAAAAUCACCGACUUCGGUUUGGCGCGCGAACUCUACAACACGACACGCAUAUCAACGGCGGGCACUUAUGCUUGGAUGCCGCCGGAAGUGAUAAAAAGCAGCAUAUACUCCAAAUCCUCGGAUGUUUGGAGCUACGGUGUGCUGUUGUGGGAACUCAUUACCGGUGAAACGCCCUACAAAGGUUUCGAUUCGUAUUCAGUUGUAUUUGGAAUUGCGGUUAAUAUGCUAACGCUACCCAUCCCGAAAACUUGCCCCGAGGCGUGGGGAAAACUCAUGAAAAGCUCCUGGGAGAACGAUCCGCACAAGCGUCCGGGUUUCAGGGAUAUACUAACAAAGCUGGAGGAUAUUGCACGUUCAGGUUUCACGCUAACACCACAGGAGUCGUUCAACACGAUGCAGGAUGGCUGGAAGAAAGAGAUAGCCGAGGUGCUUCACGAGUUGCGCUUAAAAGAAAAGGAAUUGCGCACCAAAGAGGAACGCUUGAACCGUGUUCAAAGCGAACAGGACGAACAGGCCAUGAAUCUGAAACGCUUCGCUGAGCACUUGAAGUUGCGCGAAAUGGCUUUAAUUGGGCGUGAGCUGCAGAUCGCACAGCAUACUCCCACACCGAAUCGAAGACGUGGCAAAUUUAGCAAAGUGAAACUCAAGCUUCUCAAAAAGAACGAAGUGCAAAUCUCAUUACCAACUGACUUUCGGCAUACGGUAACGGCGAUACACGACAAACCCUUGACUGAUACACCACCUGGUUCGCCAGCGAUUUCCCAGCUACGCAUUGUGGCACGCUACAAUUCCAAAGACUGGUGCUCGCCAUUGCAUGCGCUGCCCACUGCCGCCACCGUAGGUGCAAGCAGCACCAUCAUGGACGCGCCGCUGCCCAUUAUGUCGCCAAACCCCUACCUGCUCAGCCGCUUUACUUCCAACAUUCCCAUGCCGACGCUGUAUGCAGGCGACGCAGUGCGCAAGCCAAAGCUCUCCGUCAUCGAGGUGCUGCUCUACAAUAUGGCCGCGCUGUUGGCUGGCGUCGCGGCUGGCUACGAUGUGCGCAUCUCGAACGUAUCACCGGUGCAUCCGUCACUGCUGAGCGAUGUGCCCGCUCUGAAGGCGCCUAUGGAAAUGGAGUUUCCGAGCGUUUUGGAUGAGCGUAGUCGCUUUGCGGCCAACACUUACCACGGCACUGGCAAUAAGCACCAACGUGCCACACUGAACGCCGCCACUUUCGCGCGCUUAGAGGAACAGCGCGCCCCCUUGCAUCAGAGUCCGCGCGGCUCCCCCAAAAUGCAUGCCGCGCCAAACUAUUACUUCCAAAAGCACCCGCUGCCCUUGGCCGAUGCCGGAAGUAAGCUGGCGCAGCAACAACAACAACAGAAGCAAACACAGCAGCACCAGCAACUGCCGCUGACCGGCUCCACUACCAGCGGCUUGGGAUCGAACUUUACCAACAACACCUCGGCGCUGCUGUCAUCGUCGCUGGGUAGCCACACACAGCCACCGACGCCUUCACCACGUCGCAAGAUCAGCACUUCUUCGUUUACGGAGCAACUCGAGUAUUCGAUGCACGAUGACACGCCUCCGACGCGGCACUUUGAUGACGCCUUUCACAUUGGCGGUGGAAUGGCGCCGCCCGCCACGCAAUAUACGCGCGCAGACUACUUGCGCCAUGGACCGAGCUUCUCCAAUGACGGCGGCGCUUACGGCGCAGGUGUACACCGCGCAGGCUACUUCGGAUCCAACUAUUUUCCGUACCGGCCAGAGGUACAGCUGGCCUACCAGCGCGACUGCAAAUCUUAUCCCGACUACUCCUACGACUACAAUCACCGUCUGCCUAACUACUACGACUACAAUUACGAUUCACAACAGCAGCAGCAAGUCACGCCAAAACAUCAACAGCAGCACUACCAAACGCGCACUCCGCCUCCGCGAGUGCCUCAGAUGGGCGUCAGCGCCGCUGGCCAUCGUCGCACACCCUCGACCAUUUCGAAUAGCUCCAACAUCAACCAAGGCUUCUCUUUCGAUCAGGACGAGCUGCAUGCAAACGCCGAUUUGUACGACUACAGCAACCUUAAUCUGCAGCUAAACAUCAAUGUGGGCGCCGGUGGGGCUAUCGUAGGCAGUGCUCCGGACUAUACGCACUAUCGCGAACUGGCGCCACCGCCUCCCGCUCCGGUUGGCGUGGUACCGCCGCCUAGCAAGCACGAGCUCUAUAAGAGUUCGCCCAAAAUGACGCAGCGUUUAAAGCGCGGCUCCAGCGGCAGCAUGGGUUGCGAGACCGGCGGCGGAUUGAAUCGCAUACGCGACUAUGAGAAUGUGCCCGCAUACAUCGGCAGUCCCCUGCAUAGACCCAAGUUCCACAACACGUUAGCGCAGCAGCAACAGCUGCAACGGGAGCGCGAACAGCAGCACCACCCGCUUUUCAGCACCCCGCAACAUAGCCUCUAUACGCACACGCAGUCGACGCCGCUUAGUCCGAUUCAUAUGAAACCAAUGAGCGCGCAAGAGCGCCCAGCUUCUCUUCCUUUCGAGCAGACAACAACAACGGCACUCGGCUUCAACGGAAGCGGUGCUAGCAAACUGCGCUCAUCGCUUAAAAAAUACAAUAGUUACAAGACGCCAAAUGGCACCAGCACGGCCGGGACGACAAUGAGUGCAGCCGAUGUGGGCGCUAACGCGGGCAAUGGUCUUUCGGUGAUAAGUGGCGGAAACGGCGGUGGUAGCGUAACCAAACGUACGGGCAGCGUCUCUUCACAACAGGGCACGCCCACCAAUCCGACACCACCCGACUCGCUCACCAGCGAUGACAGCUCGUAUCUGAGUGCUAAAGAGGGUUCCAUUUCGUCGCAGCACAGUCGCGUGCGGUUCAGUCCAGAAGCGUUUCUGGACGCCAGCAGCGGCAAUGGCAGUAUCAACACCAGUAACAGCAACAAUGGCAGCGUUGGCGGCAGCACUAGCGGCUACAUCAACCAAUCGACAAUAUCGCUGUUUAACCGGCGCAUAUCGAGGCGCCACACCAGCGACAUGUCAGCAACCACGCCACCAUCCUCCUAGCAGGGCAGCGCGACACGCUUUCCAACCACUGCGCUGCAAUUGGCGCGCAGCCCCGGCGCGUUGGUCAGCAGUUCAUUGUCGUUGAAUUCGCCGCAGCAGCAGCAGCAGCAGCAACUCUCCGCGCCGGUGCAAAACUCAAUGCAACAGCUCCCUUAUAGGUGGUACUCGGGCGCACGUCGCUCGCGUUCAGCACAUUACGAAUAUAGGCUGUAAGCGGGCGAAAGCGUGGCCAUAGCUGCGAAAAUCAUAAAUGGAAAAUUGAAUAAGGUAGAGCGCUGAUGGGAGGUCAAGAAGAGGACUGUAGAGGACAGCAGGACUUAUCUCUUCACAAUUGAGUAUUAUAAAGUGACGCUCUGUCGUUUCCAUGGCAACUAUUGUAAAAUUUUCGGUUUCCACUUUUUACAUAAAAAAUCACAGCGUGCAGCCCCAAGAGGAUGUACCCAAAAACUUAGCGAACUUAACAAGUAUUUCGGUCUAGGCUACGCUUCAAUCCGACGUAGUAUACAAAUAGCCUUAGCGUAUAAAAUAUAUAAUGCGUAUUAUAUAAAUAUGAGUACAGAUAUAUACAUAUAUUUGUCUGAUAAUCACUUUUCCAUUUCAAGUCUUACAAAUCAUAAGUAUAUACCUUGUCAGCACAGCCAAGAGUAUCUGGUAAUCACUCUCUUUUUAGUAAAUCCUUAAUCAUAAAAAUUCGAGUCAGCAUUUAGUUACAUGUAAUCACUCUAACAGGCUUCAUCGACCUUAAUGUGCAUGCAAAUAUUUAGGGAAUAUAUUCGUACAUGUAAAAAGUGCAUAAAUAAUGUGCUGAAUUGCUGUUAAAUGCGCUGAAUAUUGCUAAACAAAUAAAUACCAUGCAAAUAUGAAUGUGCUUACAACUAAAAUUCAAAUAUAAGCGAGCUGAAUUGUAUUAUGCGCACGAUAGAGUAAUCGAUAAGCAAACUAUGAACUGUUAUAGAAUUGCAAGUCUAUAUGGGCAUUGCUAGAGCUUAUUCGGGCUUAGUGUGCGAACGUGCAGCCAAAUCCAACAUUACACUCAUUAGUAUAAGGCGCUGAAUAGCAGCUAAAUGAGCUGAAUUGCAAAAAAAAGCUACUUUGUAUGUGACUAUGAAAGACAGCGUAAAAAAAUUCGUUUCUAGGUUUACGCUUAAUUGCGCUGAAUGAGACUAAUGACAUUUUUAAAUUAAAAUCAAGCAAAAAUAAGACAGUAAAAGUGAAAAGCGACUAUCUUAGGCAGAUAUUAAUGGUGCUGAAUAGCAAAUAAGUGCAAUGAAGUACGCUGAAUAUGGCUCGAAAGCGGUUAAAAGCUUAUAUCAUAAUAACAACUUAAACAAGAAGCUCACGAAGUCACAAAAUCGUUAAAAUCAAUAGUUAAAUCAUAAAUAUAUACACCCGUAUGCGUCAAACGAUUUUCAACGGCUCAUUACUCCAAAUAUGCCAACUUCUCCAUAACCACUUCAUUACCUUUGCCAAACAUAUGUAUGUACCGCACGCAAUAAAAGCUCAGAAUUUAUACAUAAAUACAAUUCCUGCAUACUAACCCAAGUAUUUAAAAUCGUUUUGCUUUUAAGUAAUAAACUAAGGCUUACAAGUUUUUGCGAAAACCGUAAUUCAGAGCAUAUAGUAAAUAGUAAAAAAAAAAAAAAAAUAAAAAAUCGAAUGAACGUAUGCAGACUAACCAGUAAGAAGAAAAUUAAAUCGACUUGAAAAAUGUAUGUAAUUGAUGCCUUAACAAGAAAUUUUGAAAAAAAAAAAAAUUAAGUACUCAAUCAACAAAAAGUCUUGAACCAAAAUAUGUGUAUUUAUUACGGAAUUAAGAAAACCAAAAUAUUGCUACAUAUAACCCAUCCAACCAAAAAAAAAAAAUUAACGUAAUACUCUCGUAAUUCCAUAUGUAUGUAUUCUUUGAAACUUGUUUGCAUUUGAAUUUAGAAAUUGUGAAAUUAAGGAUUUUAAAGUUUCUUCUUCGUCUUUGUAUACUUACAAGAAGAAUUGCAUGGGUGCAUAAAUUUAAGGCUGAUGUUAUUUCAUAAGUGUAUCUACAUAUACAUAUGUACAUAUGUAUGAAUUAUCGUUAUACAAAAAAUUUACUGUUGGUACAGUAGACACUCGCUGGCUUGAACGUUGUUGUGGUGCAACAAAGGUGCGCGCCAACAGAAGUUGAGCUUAAGCAGCGAAAAAAAACCUAAAGCGAACGUAAGCUCCGAUUUAUUUUUUUUUUUUAUGUAGAGAAAGUGCAAGUUAUCGCUGUACGACUGUACCAAUGUUUGUUUAAAAACAGGUAGCUUAAGUAAGCUUGAAAUAUCGGUUAUUGCUGGAAUGAGAGGUAAAGUAUUUUCAUGAAAUUCGCUCGAGUAUUUUAAUCGUAAAAUUUAUUGAGCAUAAAAUGAAAAAAGUGUACUCAAAAAAUUAAGAACAUUUUUUAUGCAUAGCUUUCAUAAAACAAAAUAUAAUUACAUAUUAAAGAUCCGAAAUUGGCACUCUAAAUAUUUGUGGUACUCACUCAGUCAGCACACUUGUAUUUAAAGAUGAAUUUUUUUACCAAAAAAAUUGCCAUUCCCUGUACAUUCCAAACACGUAAAAUUUUAUUAAUUACAAAAAUUAGAUUUUGCAAGCAAACAAAAUUUCAUAUAAAUGUAGUCACUUUGGAAGCAAAAGAAAAGUAUAUACAAGGGAAAAUGACAAUCUGAGGCAAGACCACCCUAACUUUCACUCUCUCUGUCCUGGAGAGUGGAACAAAUAAGAAUUCUAAUGAAGAAACUAUCAAAAGUCCUUGAGACUUUAGUUCCCAAAUUGUUCUUCGAUAGAAAGUUCCUUCGACUUUUUUACCGUUUUGUUCUUUGCCAGAAUGUUCCGAAGACGUUUGUUCCAAUUUCGAUCUCUAUAUAAUUCCCGUUGGGAACGUUCUCGAAAGUUUUGUUCUCACUUUCGUUUUUGUAAAAACACUCCCUAAGUUUUUGUUCUCAUUUCGGUUUGAGUUUUUAAGCGUUCUUGGGAACAAAACUACGGGAACCACAUUUCGUUUCGAUCAUAACUUUGUUCUCGGUUUCUUAAAAAAAAAGUUAAUUUCUUAAGAGAAAUUCGUGAGCAAAAAAAAAACUGGUGAACUAAAAAUAAUAUAAUAAACUUCAACGAGUGAGCUGAACACAGGAAUUCACUGGUAUUUAUUUAUGAAAUAUUGACACCCAAAUUUUACGCUUGAGAAAGUAGGAAAAAUGCGACCAAAAAACCGUGAAAAAGAUAUAAUCAGGGCCGAUUCCAUGUGAAUAAAUCGUUUCCAUUAUUUAACAUGCAAACCAAAAACAACUUUUGGUAAUGUUUUUUCGUGUGAAAUUCGCGAUGGGCCGAUUAUGAAUUUCGUUCCGUUUUUCAAGAGCGCAGCGCAAGAAUAAGAACAACUCUUGAGCCAAAAUAAAAAUUAAGCGAGCCAAAAGUAGAUCGACACUUCCCCUGAAAAAUGGUCUCCUUACAAAAGUGCGAAACAUAAGAUUGUAAGCAAAAAUAUUAAACAAGGAGGCUAGUACUUUAAGGUGGGAAAAUGGGCACAUUAAGGGCAAACGGUCAAAUUAAGGACGAAACAUUUGAAUGAUGCUAAAAA